UUAAUGAAAGCUGUGGUCGUGUUAAUCAUCAUUCUCCUCUCACCAUCUUUCUUCGUCGUAGAAAUUUCGAAUAAGAUCCAGUUCCAUUCCUUGAAUAAAGAAAGAAACAAAUGGCAGUCGAGAUAUCAACGUUGGCAUUGAAUGUUGAUCUUGACUGCCAUCCCUGCUACCAGCAGAUGACAAAAGCUCUCUGCAAAUUCCCUGAAAUCCAGAGCCAGAAGUUUGACGAGGAGCAAAAGAAGGUGAUCAUAUCCGGUCCGUUUGAACCCGAGAAGCUCAUCAAGAAGCUCUGUUGCAAGGUCGGAUGCAAAAUCAUCAAAGGCUACGUUAUCAUACUGGAACAACCUAAACCGGCCCCACCCAAACCCAAACCCGAUGAAUCUAAACCCCAACCCAAACCUGACAAAACUCCGUCAAAGCCCGUGCCACUAGUACCUGGACCGUCAUUGCAAUGGAUCCCGUGGUAA